AUGCCUCGCCUCGACACGCUCCCGCCCGAACUCCUCUUCCACAUCCUCUCGUACACAGACCCGCCCUACUGCCUCAGCCUCACCACGUACCCGCUCAACGCGCUCGCCGCCACAAACCGCCACCUGCACGCCAUCGUCGAGGAGUACGCGCGCAACCUGCUCCAGCGACACGCUGGCGGGGUCGAGGUACCCAAGAAUGCGCGCGUGAGCAGUUGUCGGCGCAAGUGGCUGGGCGAGCUGUGCUGGUUUUGCAAGAGGAAGAGUAGACGCAAGGCGUGUUUUGGACGGGGCAUGACGUGUUGUUUGGGGUGUGAUCGGAAGGAGUUUGCCAAGAUGACUAUGACGCAAGCGACACAACAAACACAUCUUUCCAAAUUCGACCUUUUUACUCCGUCGCCCUUACAUCCGAACUUGCCUCCGCUGGCUACGGGAUCGUAUCCCGUCAUGGGUGAUGUUGCCACGAUGAUUUCGACACCCGACGUGAUGGCGCGUAGUGCAUAUAUUCGGUCGCUGCUUGGGGAAAAGGCACAGGACGAAGCGUUUAUGCGUAGGCGGGCUGCGGCGCACACGCGCAUCAUGAAGCAUAUGAACAUGGACUAUCAUCAGGGUAAGGGAUGGCUGGCUUACAGGGAGAUGACCAAGAAGGGGCCCAAGAGUAUGCAGACAAAGGAGAGUAGAAGAAAGUACAUCGAGGAAGGAUUGAAGAAGGAGUGGGAGGCGCUUGGGGUAGAGCCCUAUGAACACGUCCUAGCGAGGGUCAAUGGGCAGUUGAUGGGGUGGGUGAGGUCUGCUGUUCCGUCCGAGGAAGAUGGUCGGGGUGAAUCGAGAGAGGCACCGAUUGAGAUUGAGUAGUUCAUUGGGAAUGGAUUGCUCGACUUUUGGUUUUCUCUAUGUGGCCAUUUUCUGCAAUCUUGGCUGGCCAGAAAACCGAAUCCAAACGUAGACAAUGGGCAAGUCAAGGCAUCAUUGUUUACCAAGAGCAGCCACGUCGCUUGUGCGCAGCCGAUGCUUAUUGAUCCCGUC